CUUGGUCGGCAGUUGCGGUGUCGGAGGAUCAGGUGACUUGGUGUCGCGGAGGGGGGCGGGUGGCGUCCUGCCGCCGCACCAUCCGCACCCCCAUCCCGCCGAUUUCCCUCACCCGCUUCGCUUCAACUGUAUGGAUAUCUGUUCGUCGUUCACGACAGUCGGUUCCCUGAGUUCGGGGCUAUGUAGUCCGUUAGCGCAGAGCUUCUCGCGCCAAGGGAAGAAACGGGCACUGUCCGUGUCACCGUCCCCGGACCUGGAACUCCAUGGCCGCAUCCGGUCCUCACCGAGCGCCCUUUACUCGGCCGCCGCGGCGUACGGGGCUUCGUGUUCAAGGAGCUCCAGCACGUCCGGCUCGUACGGCCAUCUGAACCCGUUGGCUUUCACCAUGCAACACCACCCGUCCGUCAUAUCGCCGCAGGUCCAGCAGCUGCUGCGGUCCGCCAGCGGUCUGCACUUGCCCUGGCACAACGCCGCCUCGAUGCCGUCCGCAGCCCAUCAUGCGUCGUACAACAUGCACAUGUUGCCCGUGCACCCGCAGGACACCUCGCAGAUGUUGGCUAACGAUAUGUGCAAACCAAAACACGAACGGUCCAAAUCGAAGUCGGGAUCGAGUUCUAAGAAGACGUCCCAGAAGCUGUGCGAGGACUCCAAACAGAACUCGCCCGAAUCGAUCAGCGAUCUCAAGGGUGAACCGGAUUUCAUCGAGACCAACUGUCACUGGAAACACUGCACUUUAGAAUUCCAGACCCAAGCUAUGCUCGUACAACAUAUAGUUAAUGAUCACAUUCAGGCGAAUAAAAAGUCAUUUGUAUGCCAGUGGCAGGAUUGUUCUAGAGACGAGAAGCCGUUCAAAGCUCAGUACAUGCUUGUGGUUCACAUGCGGAGACAUACUGGGGAGAAACCUCACAAAUGCACGUUUGAAAAUUGCACCAAAGCUUAUUCAAGGCUGGAAAACCUAAAAACUCAUCUCAGAUCUCAUACUGGCGAAAAGCCAUACACAUGUGAACAUCCUGGUUGCAGUAAGGCCUUUAGCAAUGCUUCGGAUAGAGCAAAACAUCAAAAUCGUACUCAUUCUAGUGAGAAACCGUAUGUAUGCAAAGCUCCGGGUUGUACGAAACGUUACACAGAUCCCAGUUCCUUGCGUAAACACGUCAAGACAGUUCACGGAGCGGAUUUUUACGCUCACAAACGACACAAAGGAAAUGGCGAUAACAGCCGCGGAGGAGGAAGUAGUGGCGGUGGCGGAGGAAGUGGUGGAGGUACAGGUGCCGAUGAUGCCUCGCCGUACAGAAGCGAUGAAAUGCCGAUGAGUGCCAAAACCGUUAGUGUGUCUAGUCCGAGCAUAAAAUCCGAAGAAACUAAUUCUCCGGGUCAGCAACCCAGUCCCAUGAGCGUACCGUAUACCAAUAGGAUGUUUCACGACGAGCCGAUUAGUGACAGCAAUCAUAGUGCAGACGCUUUGGAUGAUAAUUGGAUGGAAGACGGACAAGAAGCCGAUUUGUUUGAUCUCAUCCCAAUGCAGUCCGACGUCGGUAGUAUGGUGACUUCGGCACCGAUGGUUCGAAGAAUGCGUCGAUUCGUGCCUCAUGCCGGAUUGAAGCAUGCAGCCAGUGAACUGUCGCCAAUGCCAGACUUAAGUCCUGGCCACGGCGGUAGUUCUGGUAUACAAGAAUUGAACAAGCGACUGACCGACAUGAAAAUGGUGUCCAAUCAAGAAACUAUACGGAGAGAAAGUACCUUUAGUAAUUACUGGAGCAUGAAGUCUGACCACAGUCGCAGGAACAGCCAAGUACCUUCCGAGCAUCAUAGACUAAGUAAUGCCUCGUCCCUGUACGAUCCAAUAUCCGUGGAUUACUCACCUAGUCAAGCGAACACAGCUAUGGGACCUGAUAUCGACGCGUUUUCCGAGAGCGGAGAGUGCGGUAGACAGAUGCCGGAAAGCGCUAAAAUGUCUAGACCACAAGACCACCGAGCGGGAGGCGUGCACCAUCCGAACUCGAAUAUCAACCUCGACGAGGUGGGCGAAGGCGAAUCGUUGGAAAGCAAAAUGGUGUUGCCGGACGAUUUCGACGACGUCAUCAAGGACAUGAUAAGCGAGAAGAUCGACAGUUACGAUCUGGGCGCGUUCGACGCGGAGAAAACCAUCAACGAACUGACCGAGUCCGCCUUGGAGCACAUUCCCACGUUGACGUCGCCGAUCAUGGCCGAUCACGCGAUCGCCGCCGGCCUGGCCAGUCCUCAGGUGCUGGUGACGCCUCCGCCCGCGGUCGCGGUGCCUCCACCGGCGCCGCCGCCCGGCGACGACAGGCCCAAGGCGGUGACCAACCACCGGAACAUGCGCAGCAACAGUUUGCCGGUCAACUGGCAAGGGCACGAGCACCAGGCGCAGGACGUGCCGCGGUCCGCGUACCACGGUCAGUUCCAAAACCAAAGAUCGUACCAGGCGAACGCGGCCGCGAUGCAACAACUCGUCAACAACAACAACAACAACAGCAACAGCAACAACUUGAACUGCACGGCCGCCGUGCAGCAGAGGCACAACGGCGGACGGUACUCGUACUCGUCGCACCAAGAUUUCGUCAACUACAACAACUACGCGAACUUCCGACCGAACGACUACCAGACGAAGAACAGUGGCCAACAGCAGUACGUCGCGGCCAACGGCAAUCAGUUCCACGGCAGCGGUUACUACGGCAACCACGAUCACCAAACGUACCAGAGGUGCCAGAGGACCGGCAACAACAACAACAACAACAACAACAACAAUAACAACAACAACAACAACAACAAUGAAGACGGUGGCGGGCAGACGGCGGCUGCGGCGGUGGUGGCGGCGCACGGCAUGGCGUACAACAAUUACUACGGGUGCAGCAACCAGCAGUGCGGCCAGCACCAGCAGCAGCAGCAGCAACAGCAACAGCAGCAGCACGGCUACUACAACGGCUAUCAGGGCAGCAGCAACAAGUUCGGUGGGUACACGAGGCCGUCCAACGCACCGAUGCACCACCACCACCACCACCAUCACCACCAGCAGGACCACCACCAGCAACAGUACUAUGUGGACCUGGACAGGAAACAGGAGGGCGAAGCGGCGGUGGCGACGGGUCCAAUGGAGGACAAUUCGUUCCGGUCUCCCCAAGGGCCGCACGCGUUUGACGGCAGCAACAACAUGGUGCUUAAAGACAUGUCCACCUCGUUGAGUUCGUUGUACGACGAGAACACGUUUUUCCAAAUGUCCACCACUGUGUUCUCCGAAUCGUAGCGCUACUGUCCGUCACUUUAGGAUAAAAGCGAAAAAAAAAAAUUUAAAAAAAAA